AGCAUAAUUGCUCUACAUAUAUGUGCCAGCAUAUACAAAUUCAACACGAGUAUUUUAUGAGAAUAGCUUUGGAGUUGGCCAAGCAAUCUUUUUAUCAAGGGGAAGUUCCUAUUGGAGCUAUAUUGGUUGAUGCCAAAGGAAAAGUAAUAGCAAAAGGUAGAAACCAAGUAGAAACAACCAAAGAUCCUACUCAACACGCAGAACUGCAAUGUAUUCAAGCUGCAACAAGAGUUUGCGGAAAUUGGAGAUUAUUGAAUACUACUCUGUAUAGUACUUUGGAACCUUGUGCUAUGUGUCUCUCUGCUUUACAACUUGCUCGAGUAUCUUUCAUAGUUUAUGGUGCCAAAGAUUUUCGACUGGGUGCCAUCGAAAGUUGGUAUCCACUCGUACAAGUUAAGCAUCCAUAUCAUCGAAUAACUCAUAUGGGCGGUAUACUGGAAGAAGAAUGUGCAGAAUGGAUACAAAAAUUCUUUUCCAAUAUCAGAACGAACAAAAGAUUUGAAAAUGGUGUGUUAUGAGUACAAACACUAAAGUCGUCUGAGAUAUGAAUGAA